CAUAAUGAAAGAUGUUGUUUGUUUUGAUGGCCAAUCCGAUAGGCUUAGAGCUGCUGACUCGACACGGAUGGGCCUCUGCCUACACGAUGGAAGCGGUGAUAAUGCAAUUAUGUGCCAGUUUUGUAAAGGGCCAAGCUAGAAUUAAACGCACAAAAGGCAACGCCAAGGAAUUCAGCAAGAAGUUAGCCGAAGCCUCGUUCAGAAAUGUAAUCAAAAUCCAUGACAGACACGGAUGGGUGAGUGACGCUUAGAUAGCGGCUAAUAAGCGGACUAUUAAUUCUGCAAAACUCUUUCAUCUAUAGAUAAAUUCCAAUUUCCAUAUUAAAGACGAUACUCCAGAAGAAAGGA